AGGUUCAUCUUUUCUCAUUACUCUUUUUGAAAUCCUGUGACCCCUUCCAUGUCUGUCCUCCUCCAGCCAUUAUAGUCUCCCUCUUAUCUCUCUAUUAUAUAUAUUACAUAAUCAUCUAUCAUCGGGGGGCUAAUAAUAAAGGGGUCGAAUUGAUCAAGCUUACUUGAGAACCUCUCAUCGAUAGACAAAGAAAAAAACAUGGGGAGAGCUCCUUGCUGUGACAAAGCCAACGUCAAGAAAGGACCAUGGUCGCCCGAGGAAGAUGCCACUCUCAAGGCAUACAUCGAGCAGCAUGGCACUGGCGGCAACUGGAUAGCCUUGCCCCAGAAGAUAGGCCUUAAGAGAUGCGGGAAGAGCUGUCGGCUUAGAUGGUUGAAUUAUCUCCGGCCAAACAUUAAGCACGGAGGGUUUUCCGAGGAAGAAGAUAACAUUAUUUGUAGCCUCUAUAUAAGUAUUGGAAGCAGGUGGUCCAUCAUCGCAGGACAAUUACCAGGGAGAACUGAUAACGAUAUAAAAAACUACUGGAACACAAGGCUGAAGAAGAAGCUCCUAGGCAAGCAGCGCAAAGAGCAACAGGCUCAGGCUCGGCGAGCCAACAGCCUAAAGCAAGAGAUGAAGAAAGAGAGCUGUGAGACGUUUAUGGCUCCUGGUGUCAUGAACCAGAUGAUCAGCCCAUACUGGCCUACAGACCCUCCUCUCGAGGACGAAGCAAAUCUUAGGAGUUUGCUGAUGAAGCUUGCAGGGGGAAGAUUUUCAGACAAUCAUCAACAACCAAACACUAAUUUUCAAUACCCCAUUAAUGUUAUUUCCUCGCCUCAACAAGAUCAGCUAUAUGUGGACUCGAUGAGUAUGCUUACUUCUUCGGCAGCCAUGAAUUCCAUUAACAGUACUACUACUUGUACUCAAAUGCCAAACCUGUUUGAAAAUCUCCCAAGCGAGCUUUGUGAAUUGGGCUAUGAUCACAACCCACAACAAUUAGAUGGGGGGUUGUUGGAGGGGUUUUAUGGAAUGGCCGACAUGGUCAAUGGUAGCACCGGGACGACUAGUUCUGGAGAAAGCACCAGCUGGGGAGAUAUAAGUUCUUUAGUUUAUCCCCCUUUGGUCUCUGACUAUGAAGGUUGCCAACAAGGAUUGCCACAGCCACAGGAUUCUGCUUUUGAGGAGUUGAGGUACUUUGUGCCGCCGCAAUAGCAGCAGUACUUCACAUGCGUGGUGUAAAUUAAUUUGUACCGGUAGAGAAUUUUCUGUCAGAUUUUCAGAAAAAAAAAAAAAAAAAAACCGAAAUGAAUUCACUCAGAGAAUUGUCUGUUCUUUCUCAUAUAUGCUUCGUUAAUUAGUUAUAUAUAGUUCUUCACUCCAUGCGUUCUCUUUUGCUAUGAUUUUUGGAUUGAUCAAUUGCUAAUGAUUGUGGCUGCCGAGGAACCUUUAACUGUGACAUUAAUGUUCCACUGCGCCCUCGAUCGGUCCAAUUCUUCCGGCACUUUGAGUGCAAUCAUGUUUAAUUAGAUUUGUCUCCGCGUUGACUGGUCGAUCUCCUCAA